AUGCCCUGCACAUGCGCCCCCGACCCCGCCCUAAUCGAGCCCCUCCCCUUCCCCCCAGAGAUCAAAAGUCGAAUUCUCUGCUUCCUCCUUACCACUACCACUUGCAAUUCCCACUUUAUCGACCUCCUCUGCCUCGAGCAAGCUGUCUAUGCCGUCCACGCCAAGGAGCUGUACCGCGAGAUGACUCUCGACGGGGAAAACAUGGCGAAGUUAUGGAGAGGUUGUGAUUCGGAUUGCGAGUUCCCCGCCGACUCGUCGUUGUUGGAACUUCUAUCUAACAAGAGGCAAGCACCUCUUUACAUCCCCAUCUUCUACCCGCCAGCUUUCAGGAAGCUUCUGCUGGCGAGACACUGUGUGUCUCUUUACCUUCCGUCUCGCAUAACUGGCGCCGAGCAUCUGGGCCCACCAGUCGAAGAACAACUGCGCUCCCUCAGACAAGACAAGAUGCCAAAGUCCCCUCAACCGUUCUUUCAAGGCAUCGAGAACCUCAUCAUUGGCAAGGAGUAUAUGGAACAUGUGUCUGAGGUAGCGGCGAGUGCUGAACGAGAGCUUCAGUGCCCACUGGAACUCCUAUACACCUACCUCCCUUGGCAAAUCUCUACUGUCUGCAUCCACUGGCCCGAAAACGGUAACGCCCGGCUUGGUCAAGAGCUGUGCAUGUUUUCAUGGGCACCGCAGGCGUUCACAUGCUACAAGCUCAUCAUACACAACGCCAAACUUGAUGUGAUCCCUCCCAUGCUGGGUCCCCUGGAUCUCAUUCUCGACCUCUCUCCUGAGGUCUACGAUGAGCAAGUGGAUGACGAGUACAACAAGGGUGAUAAACAGGUCGAGUGCUGCUUGGGGUGGCUGUCCCAAUUGGUCGACGAGGUGGCGGAGGCAUCCCAGAGUUACCGGAACAGCUUGACUGUUCCUCAAGUCAGAUUCACCAACCUUCAUACCUGGAAGUCUUCUACUAUAGACUCAGUGGCCUGUUACAACACGAGUACUGAUGAGAAAGGGAAACGUGACACUUGCGACGACCGUGCUGUAGCUAUCAUCGACAGCAGGGACAUCCAAAAGGGACAAAGGCAGGAGCUGGAGGACUGCAUCUUCAAGGGGCCGCAGUAUUGUCCCUGCUGUGCCGCUUUCAAGCUCCAAGACGAUGUAGAUCUUUGGAAGCAAGACGAAGAAGGGGAAAACAAGGGGCAGGUGUACCAAAGGGUUCCGAAAGAAUACUUCAUUUGA